AUGUCAUCUAUGAAUGUUUGUUUACAUGAAAUAUUUUAUUAUGUAGGAAUAGAUGCGAAUAUAGCCACUGAAUUUGUAUCUGGACUAUUUUUCGGAGUAAUCAUUGGUUCACGUAAUUAUGUACACGGACAAGUGAUUAAAGUUUUUCUUCAAACAGAGGACUUUCGUAUCUUUAUUAAAUCAAAUACAGCAAUUAUUCUGAAAUCAUGUUGUGUUGCAAAUAUUGUAACUACUCGUUAUCGUGGUCGUAAUCAUAAAGUAGAUGCAGUAUUUGUAAGAACGGUUAAAGAUAUUAAAAUACGUGAAGAAGAAAUGCUUAAUGAAGAAAAAUUACAAAGACUUAAUGCAACUGCUUAA